GAUUUCAUCGUUUCUGCAGAAUCAGUCGCUACUAAAACAGAGUGUGCACUUUCGUGACUGCUACAGUUUCAACAUUUCAAACCGCCUAGCAUUUGCAAACUUGCCGCACGGUUCCCGUCACUUUUGUUGCUAUCACUUCCUACCAGCAUCAACGAUGAUACACAUCAUCCUCAGUGCAUCCCUCAUAUCUUUUAUUUAUUUUUUAUUUGCCUACUGCAAAAAUCGUAAGACGCUCCGCCUCCCUCCGGGACCAUCUGGCGUCCCGAUCCUCGGGUAUUUACCAUGGAUAGAUCCCGAACGUCCUCACCUGUCGCUGACGAAUCUGGCGAGGAAGUACGGCCCGAUUUGUGGACUACGAAUGGGCUCGGUGUACACGAUCUUAUUGUCGGAUCCUCAGCUGGUAAGGCAGGCCUUUGCCAAGGAUGCGUUUGCCGGUAGGGCACCGCUCUAUUUAACGCACGGCAUCAUGCAGGGGUACGGUCUCAUCGGCGCCGAGGGUGACCUUUGGAAGGACCAGAGGAGGUUCGUGGCCGGAUGCCUGAAGAAUUUCGGCAUGAUGAAGCUGCCCGGUACCAGAAGAGACAAGAUGGAGGAGAGAAUCCUCGCGACCGUGGACGAGUGCAUAUCGAAACUGAAGAGUCGCAUCGAGGCAGACGGUAUCGACCCGCUGGAGACGCUUCAUCACUGCGUGGGCAAUCUGCUGAACGACCUCGUGUUCGGCAAAGUUUACGAGGAGAACGACGAGGUGUGGAAGUGGCUCAGGCACUUGCAGGAGGAAGGAGUCAAGCAUAUCGGAGUCGCAGGACCGCUCAACUUUUUUCCGUUUCUCAGAUUUUUACCACGAUACGGGAAGAUAAUGACGUCACUCGUCGAUGGCAAGCUGAAAACUCAUCACCUGUAUCAAACCAUUAUCGAUGAGCACCGUGCCCGACCUCAGAAGACAGACAGUUUCCUGGCAGCUUUCGACGAUGCAAUGAGGACCAACGCGGACAAUCCUGGGUAUUUCACGCAACCGCAAUUCUAUCAUUUGCUGGCCGAUCUUUUCGGCGCGGGCACAGACACCACUCUGACGACUUUUCGUUGGUUCAUGCUCUUCAUGGCGACGCAUCCGGAAGAACAAAGAAAAAUUCAGGAUGAAAUGAACGAACUUUUGGGAACGAAAUUACCCAGGCUGGAGGACAAGCACGUAUUGAUUCGACUGGAAGCGGCAAUCAUGGAGACGCAGAGAUUGCGAAGUAUUACGCCGCUCGGCAUCCCUCACGGUACAAUACAGGACACUCAGCUAGGCGAUUACGAUGUACCGAAAGGCACCAUGGUCGUACCGUUGCAAUGGGCGAUUCAUACGGAUCCUGCUCACUGGCACGACCCGCUCUCCUUUAAACCGGAAAGAUUUAUUGCCGAGGAUGGGAGUCUCGCCAAGCCGAAAGCUUUUCUGCCAUAUCAGACGGGUAAGCUGACAGGAAAAAAUGGAAUGUCAGAGGUAGAGCUUCGUCGUCUCAUAUCGCGCAAAUAUUGUUGUUUCAUGCGACACGAAGGCAAACGUAUGUGCGUCGGUGAUGAACUGGCCAAGAUGAUGCUGUUCCUGCUCGCCGCGAGAAUGCUUCACUCGUUCGCUAUCUCGUUGCCAACCGAUGCGCAGAUCGAUCUGGAAGGCGAAUGCGGAAUUACCCUGGUCCCGAAACCGCAUCGAUUGAUUUUUAUGCCGCGGGAAUAAAUUUGCAUGUAUUCGCGAUAACGUUUUUUAUACGCAUAAUAUAUUGUGCUUUAUAAAACUGAGUAUAUUUAAAUUUCAUGAAAAAAAGUAUAUAUACAUACAUGGUUUACACAUAUAUAUAUACCUUAUUUCUUAUGCAACGUUCGCAUUAAAUUACAUUAUAAAUAAAUGAUGCACUA